AUGGAAGAGGAGCUGAAAUGCCCCGUGUGCGGCUCGCUGUUCCGGGAGCCCCUGAUCCUGCCCUGCUCACACAACGUCUGCCUGCCCUGCGCCCGCACCAUCGCCGUGCAGACGCCCGAGAGCGAGCAGCACCUGCUCCCCCCGCGGGCCCCGGGCCCCGGGGCGGCCCCCCUCGACUGCGACGGCGGGGCCGGCGGCGCGGGCGGCGGGGUCGCGGACCACGCCGACAAGCUGAGCCUGCACAGCGAGGCGGACAGCGGCUACGGCUCCUACACCCCCAGCCUUAAGUCCCCCAACGGCGUGCGCGUCCUGCCGCUGGCCCCGCCGCCCCCGGCCGCCCCCGCGGGGGCCCCCCGGGGCGGCGGCGCCAGCUCCUCGCUGACCUGCCCGCAGUGCCACCGCAGCGCCUCCCUGGACCCCCGCGGCCUGCGGGGCUUCCCGCGCAACCGGCUGCUGGAGGCCAUCGUGCAGCGCUACCAGCAGGGCCGGGCCGCCGCCGCCGCCCCCCCGCCGCCGCCCGCCGCCCGCUGCCAGCUGUGCGACCGCAGCCCCCCCGAGGCGGCCGCCGUCCGCUGCGAGCAGUGCGAGGUCCUCUACUGCGCCGCCUGCCAGGUCAAGUGCCACCCCUCGCGGGGGCCCUUCGCCAAGCACCGCCUGGCGCCGCCCCCCGGCCCGCAGGGGGGCCCCGGGGGCAAGGGGCCGGGGCCCGCCCGCAAGCCCCCCACCUGCGCCGACCACGAGCUGGAGAACUACAGCAUGUACUGUGCCACCUGCCGGAGCCCCGUCUGCUACCAGUGCCUGGAGGAGGGCAAGCACGCCAAGCACGAGGUGAAGCCCCUGGGGGCCAUGUGGAAGCAGCACAAGGCACAACUGUCUCAGGCUUUAAAUGGCAUUUCAGAUAAAGCAAAGGAAGCAAAAGAGUUUCUUGUUCAGCUGAAAAACAUUUUGCAGCAAAUACAGGAAAAUGGCUUGGACUACGAAGCUUGUCUGGUUGCUCAGUGCGAUGCUUUGGUUGAUGCUUUAACUCGCCAGAAGGCAAAACUGCUCACAAAAGUUACUAAAGAGCGUGAGCACAAAUUAAAGGUUGUAUGGGACCAGAUAAAUCACUGUACUCUGAAACUGCGCCAGUCUACAGGGCUUAUGGAAUAUUGUCUUGAAGUCAUCAAAGAAAAUGACCCUUCUGGGUUCCUACAGAUUUCAGAUGCUUUAAUCAAACGCGUUCAAGUUUCUCAGGAGCAGUGGGUGAAAGGUGCUCUGGAACCAAAAGUAUCUGCUGAAUUUGAUCUGACUUUGGACAGCGAACCUUUGUUGCAGUCCAUUCACCAGCUGGACUUCAUUCAGAUGAAAUGUAGGGUUCCUGUUUCAGUACCGCCGGUCCCACUUCUGCAGCUGGAGAAGUGCUGUACCCGAAACAACAGUGUGACGCUAGCCUGGAGGAUGCCCCCUUUUAGUCACAACCCAGUGGAAGGCUACAUCUUGGAACUUGACGAUGGAGAUGGUGGCCAGUUCCGAGAAGUGUAUGUUGGUAAGGAGACCCUGUGCACUAUUGAUGGCCUUCAUUUCAACAGUACCUACAAUGCAAGAGUCAAAGCCUUUAAUUCAUCAGGAGUGGGCCCAUACAGCAAGACUGUUGUUUUACAGACUUCUGAUGUGGCCUGGUUUACAUUUGACCCAUCUUCAGCCCAUAGAGACAUAGUCCUGUCAAAUGAGAACCAGACUGCUACCUGCAGCAGCUAUGAUGACCGUGUUGUUCUGGGCACAGCAGCUUUCUCCAAGGGGGUCCACUAUUGGGAGCUGCACGUCGACCGUUACGAUAACCAUCCAGACCCAGCCUUCGGGAUUGCUAGAAUUAACGUGGUCAAGGACAUGAUGCUAGGAAAGGAUGACAAGGCAUGGGCCAUGUAUGUUGACAACAAUCGCAGCUGGUUCAUGCACUGCAAUUCUCACACCAAUAGGACAGAAGGGGGUGUUUCGAAAGGGUCAACUGUAGGUGUUCUUCUGGACCUUAACAAACACACCCUGACCUUUUACAUAAACGGGCAGCAGCAGGGGCCUCCAGCAUUUGAAAACGUGGAGGGCGUCUUCAUGCCUGCGUUAAGCCUCAACCGCAAUGUUCAGGUGACUCUCCACACAGGACUUGAGAUCCCCCAGACUGUAAGGCCUCCAAAGCUGCCAAGCAAUUGAGCUCCUGCUACCUAGAUCUGAGCUGGAUUUUAUAAUAUUUCUAAAUAG